AUGGCGUCGUUGCUUCCUUCCCCGGCGUCUCGCGAGGAAGCACGAGUGGACGCGGAACCGGCCCUGGCGCCGAAGCAGCUGACUCCGGCCUCGCGCGAGCGAGGGCGAGGGGGCGCAGCUGCGCGAGCCGCUGCAGGCCUGUUGCAGGAGCAGGCGCAGACCGCGGCCAGCCGCCGCCGGCACUUCAAUGCUCAGGCACGAGCUCCACCACUCCCGACCUGCCGCUUCCUUGUCUUGGAUGUAGGUGACCUUGACGGCACUGCUGUGGAAGUUGUAGCUGACCACACCUCUGCCUUGGAUCGAACUGGAUGGAAGCGGCACCAUGCCGCCCACACGGCCAGGGAGCAAGCAUGA